UCGUGCGAUCUAUAUUAUGAUGAUGUGUUAUUUGUGCAUGACAAAAACCCGGUAUCAUCAUCAACAUUCGACAAGUUUCAAUUGAAUUUCAAGUUUCGUUAUCCAUUUUCAUCAUCAAUUAUGUCAUCAUCCGAAACAAUGGAAAAAGAAUUUCCCCGUUCACUUGUUCUAUUCGAUAUUGAUGGAACAUUAACCCAAUCUCGUAUGUCAAUUACAAUGGAAAUGGAACAAUUUCUUGAAAAACUUAAACAAAAAGUUGUAGUCGGUUUAGUUGGUGGUUCUGAUCUUGCUAAAAUUGCCGAACAAAUGACAUCGAUUGAUUGUGGUGAAUCAUUUACACCGGGAAAUUCCCAAGACCAAAUUUCCAAAUUAAUUAAAAAAUAUGAUUAUAUUUUUGCUGAAAAUGGUUUAAUUGCAUAUCACCAUGGUGAAUCAAUCGGUAAACAAAAUAUUCUUGAUGAAUUAGGUGAAGAACGUUUACAAAGAUUUAUUAAUUAUGCACUUGGUUAUUUAUCUCAACUAACAAUACCGGUAAAGCGUGGAAAUUUUAUUGAAUUUCGUAAUGGCCUUAUAAAUGUAUCACCAAUUGGUCGAAGUUGUUCACGUCAAGAACGUAAUGAUUUCUAUCAAUAUGAUCAACAACAGCAAAUUCGUUCGAAAAUGAUUGAUGCAUUUCGCAAACAAUUUGAUGGUACCGAUAUCGAUAUGGAUUAUGUAAUUGGUGGACAAAUAUCGAUUGAUUGUUUUCCAAAAGGUUGGGAUAAAAGAUAUUGUCUACGUUAUAUACCGGUGGAUUGUUAUGAUAAAAUUUAUUUUUUUGGUGAUCGUUGUCAACCAAAUGGUAAUGAUUAUGCAUUAUGGUCGCAUGAACGUACAAUUGGUUAUUCGGUUCAAGGUCCGGAUGAAACCAGACAAUUGAUUGAGAAAUUAUUUUUUUCGGAAAAAAAUUGAUAUUUUUAUUUUUAAAAAUUUAAUUAAAUUCUUUAAUUUUUUUUCUCAA